ACUCCUCAAUCAGUACAAUCAGUACGAGAAUAUGAAUCAUCGGAAGUUGUGGGAUUUGCGAAAAAACAUUUUAUCAUCUGUUUUAUAGAAACAACCGUGUUUAUGAACAUAUCGAUUUAAAUCUUAAAAAAGAGGCUUUAAAUUAUUUUGUCACCUAUUACGAAAAUAAAUAUUUACUUACUGAUAACAAAUCGUGGAAAUAAAUGUUCGAUGUUGAAAGUCGAGAUGUUUGCAUUAAUAUAUCGACGUAGGUUUGUGUUGGUUACUAAUUUAGUGAAACAGUGAUGUUCGAUUUUAGAGUAAUUUUUAUUUUACACGCCCUAUUUUUUUUAACCAAGACUCAACAUGAUCCGUUAAAACUUAAUUUGUUACGUGAUGGCACUUCAGUUUAUUGUGUGAUUUCUGAGGAAAAAGAAAGUACAGCCGUUGGAUUAUUCAAUAAUAAUAAACCAGUACAAAGUUUUAAACAUCAAAUUGAUUUGAUUAAAUUAACAAAUACAAAUUUUUUCUGUGAUAUUUCAACUAACGAAGCUUGCAAAGAUGUUCUUGAUAACAAAAGUGCUUGGAAGUACGAUAAAUCAGAUAAUUAUAAUCUUCCUGUUAUUACGGAUAGAAGAUGGGAAGAUUUUAAUAUAAUUGAAUCAGGAAGAAUAAAUUUUGUUAAUGUUUAUAACGUUACGGAAGUAAAUCAACCAUUACAAUUAAAACUAGAACUUAAAAUAGAAAAAGAUGCGCACAUUUAUCUUUGCGAUGGUAUGGAUCCAUUAAAUUCUAAUUGUUAUUGGUUUGUUAUCGGUGGUUGGGUAACGAAAAGCAAAAAUGAGUCCAAAAGCAUUGCACGAAUAUGUAAAAAAAAAGAAUUAGAAAAGUCAUACGUGGAGGGUGUUUUUGGAAACAGAAAUGAAAGUUGUAGUAAACAUCCAGAAAUGGAAAAGGAACCCCAUACAAAAAAACAUACAAUCUUUUUAUCAACGUCUAAAUGGACUUUAUUAUUGUUGGAGGAAUUAAAAAAUGACUACGUUAUAAAAUAUAACACAAACAACACCGUACUAAUCCAAACAAAGAUGAUUGAUAAUUACAAAAUAAGUGUUAAACAUAUUUUCGUAGCUAGUCCAAGUAAUGCUCCAGGAAAAUGGAGAGUGCGUAAUGAAGACUUUAAUAGUGGUGGAUUUAAAAAAAUUCAUGAUAAAUUGAACUCAUCUUUUCAUUUUUCUAUUGUACAUCCUACGAACCCUAACGAUGACGGUAAUAAUUAUAAUACUUUUGUACGGCUGUGUAAACAGGACUACGAAAAGGGCAUUGAAAUAUCAAUACGUAAUGGUCCCAUAUCACACUGGAAGCACUUUAACUUCCAAAGCAACACUUCACAUUUUGUAUUAUUUGACACUGAAAGUUCUAGCACAGUGAAAACUGGGACAAUAACAGAUAAUUCUGUACUUUAUAUUGCUGUACAAAGCAGACAUAUCGCAUACUGGAAAAAACAUGUUUAUGGAGUUUUUGUCGCCCAAAAAAGUAACGUUUCAUCUAUACCAUUUGCAAAAGGAAUAAAAGGACAAAGAAUUUGCGUUGGUAUUUUCGUUUACUGUACGAAAUGUGCUUUAUCCUUCGAAAUAAUAGAUAGUAAUAAAAAUGUCUUAAUUACUACAACAUAUUCAAAACAAAAAUCUUGGGAACAAAUCAAAUUGGAAACAAUUUUAAAAAAAGAUGUCCAAAUGGAUUUAAAAAUUAUACUGGAUAAAGUCGACUCGAAUAACCCAGCUUUUAUUGGCGACAUAACAGAUUGUACAAGAAAUGUGAGAAUAAUUAAAACAAUUUCUGAUAAAUCUGAUCAAAUAUCGUGCAAAUCAAUAAAACAUCCCUCAAUUUCUCCUGUUAACGCCACAAUUGUUUUUAUAUCUUCAUUUGAAAACACAUCAGAUGCUUUAUGGCUUCCAAAAAAUAAUUCUUGUAAAAAAAUCGUGUCGAAACAAGAACUAGAGAAAGCGUUGAAGUGUUCCAUCAUUACAUUAAAUUACGAGGAAUUUAUUGAAGGCGAAGAAAUCUGCUUUUUAUCUGAUAUAAGAAAAAACACCUCAGCUUCGAAUCCAAUUUGUGAAAUUCUGGGAUUAAAUAAAAUUAAUUACGAUAAAAUCCGCCGUUCAUAUCUAUUUUUAUGGCUUGUUGGACCUGUUACUAUUUUAUUAAUUUUUCUCGUUGCAGUAAUUUACUUUAAAAUUAAAAAGAAUUCAACAUCAUCUCGUUCAUCGUGGAUGUAUUUUUCAAGAGCUUAUACAUUGUUGGGUGGAAUUAUGGGUUCAAAUAGAAGUGAAAAUACAGCAUUGGAAAUGAGCGAAGAUAAUAACUCGGAAUUUAGUUGUUUGAUAGAUGUGAAAGAUUUUGGGAGUUAUGUAAAAGAUGGAUCAGAAAAUAUAUUAAUCCAAUUUCUGACGAUAGAUAACUUAAAACCGUUAGAACAUACGAUUGGUUGUAUGAAAGAGCAUAUACAUAAAAAUAGAUAUAAAAAUAUCAUCGCUUAUGAUUCAACAAGAGUCGUAUUGGAUUCAACAUACCAGAACGUCCACGAUAGUUACAUAAAUGCAAAUUAUAUAACAGGAUAUCGAGGGAAACCUUUAUACAUAGCUACCCAAGGACCAAUGGCAACUACUGUACAUGACUUUUGGAGAAUGAUUUGGCAAGAGAAUGUUUCAUGUGUAGUUAUGUUAACUAAAGUUUUAGAAGAUGAUAAAAUAAAAUGUCAUAAAUAUUGGCCAGACGAUGAUAAGACUUUCGAUUGUUGCGCAUUUAAAAUAACAUGUACAAAUUCGAACUUAAUUCAAGAAGACCUAACUAUAAGGCAUUUAAAAGUUACAUUUAGUAACGAGGAAAGAAUAUUAACCCAAAUUCAUUAUGAAGGAUGGUUGGAUUACAAAACGGCAGAAUCGUUGGAAGGCGUAAAAAAAGUAUUAAAUUUAAUGAACGAUUUUGAAGAGAAUGGUGGGCGAAUUGUCGUCCAUUGCAGUGCUGGUGUUGGACGAACGGGGUCGUUAAUUCUAUGUGAUAUAGCUAUAAAAAUGGCUGAAGAUAGUUCUAAAUUAGAUCUUUAUUCAAUUCUUUAUAACUUGAGGCAAGAAAGAAUGAAUAUGGUUCAAAAUAUUGCUCAAUAUCAGUUCUCUCACAAAGUAGUCGCUUAUAUAUUAGAAAAUACGUAUAUAAACGUUUAAUAAUUUUUUUUUAUAUUUUAUUUAUAAUAAUUUAUUCUAUAACGAUUAUUUUAUUAUUUAUUACGUUGUGAAUUAUUAAAUCCAAAAUACUAUAAGUUAUAAUUGUAAGUUACUCGGAAAUUAUGUAGAUAGAAAACAAAUAUUAAAACAAAUUAAUUUUAUAAUCUCAAAAUAAAUAUAUAAUCAGAAACGUUCUUCUUUUUUUGGAACUAUUCAGUAAUGAGAGUGUAAUUCAUGCUAUAUUGUUGGAUAAAUUGUGUACACAAGAUAUCAUGCUUAAAAUCCAAUAAAAGUCUUUAACAAUUUUA